CUUAAGGCUUAGAACUUUAUUGUAGAUCCGGGAUAUCGUUCGGUGAGCACUGUAUUCCGAAACCCAUCGAAAAGAAAAUGUUGCCACCUUUUAGUUGACGAGUGUAUAGUUACACAAAUAUAUUUGAAAGAAUAUUAUCUAAUUUCCUUCUCUCUGGAUUCAGUACAAUUCAGUACACGCAGUUCACUCCGAUACUUAUAUAACGUGAUCCACACUGAGACUCACGGAAUUCCUCGUGGCAAUCAUCGCACAGCAGAAGAACGCAAAAGUACUUGCUGAAUGAUGGCAGCGUUAUUCCGCAUGAAUUGUAUGCAGAGUUUGCGCCGAGGCUUAACUCUAAUGUCGUCCAAGGAGACAACGAUAUAUCGUAGAAUAGCGACGACACCGAGCCGUCACGAUGAGCCCAAGGAAGAAACAAAGUCUAUCAAGAGGAAGUGGGUGAGUUACGGCUUCAGUCAAAAGAGCGAAGUGGAAGAUACUCAUGCCCUGCACCAGACCAUGUUUGUCUGUGUAACCAUAGUCCUUGUAAUUGGAUGCACUGUCAUGGCCUAUUUACCUGAUGUCAGAGGCAAGGACUGGGCACAACGAGAAGCUUACCUGCAACUCCGUUAUAGAGAGGAGCAUGGACUUCCUCCCAUUAGUCCCAAUUAUAUUGAUCCUUCAAAGAUAAUACUGCCGACUGACGAAGAGCUAGGUGAUACAGAGAUUAUUAUUUAAAGUGUUUUGACAACACUGAGAACAAUUAAACUUUUGAGUGUUAUUACUGCCUAUCUAUAUCCAUCCAGUACUUGUUAUAUUAAUUUAAGAUAACAUGUAAUAAACACUGCUUUUGUGUAGAUUGAAAUUCUUUAUCAAUUUGGAGAAAGACUAAACUCAUAGUUUUGCAGUCCUUAAAACAAAAUGUUCUGGA